AUGGCAGGUGUCUGGUGCCCCCCCCCCCCCUCCCUCUCUGGAACAUAGUUGCAGUGUGUGACGUGGGACAGUUUUCAGCAGGGCGCCAAAGUCACCUUGUGAACGGCACGGGCAGCACUGCGUGCAUUAGCUGCUCGCUAAGUUUUAUUAAACCCAUUGUUUUAGAGUGAUGGAAAAUUAGGUUUGGGGGGUAGAUGUUUGACAAUGGCUUCAUAAUAGUAUGGUUAUCAAAGUGGGUCCUGGAAGUUUUAGUGGGUGGUCUGUAUAGUUGCCUUUAUUUGAUGCACAGGAAUUAUUGUGUAAGACUGGUCCUGCUGUGUGAAUUCCAGCCUCUUUGUGCCUCCUAUGAUUGUUGAGUGUGGGCAUGAUUGGUUGUGUAGAGUGAAGGUCGCUUGGCUAACAGCCUUGCUUGGAAACCAGACUCUUCCAGAGAACGGCCGAUAAAGCAGAUAUUGUCAGAGUGAUGCCUUGUGCAUGCUAUCAAGUGGAGAUUGAGAAUAUCACCUACAUUUAGAGGGAAUAUGGGUAAAUCCUGCAGAACCUUUUCAUAUUGGUUUCUGUGAUGUUCCUUUCUGAAUAAUGUUUUUUGCCCAAAGCCCCAGUGUGACCCCCUGCCAAGCAGGAGGGCUGGUUAUGACGCAGAUGCCAGCUCACUGCUGAGGAUGCAGGCUGCAGGGACUGGCUGAGCUGUGAGCAGAAUACUAAACGGGCCAUCUCGGGCCCUGCCUGUCAGGGUACCACUGUGUGCUCUUGACACAGCCAGCCUCCCGCUCCCUCCACUCCGAGGCCAAACAUUUCUCCUUCCCAGCUCCUAUAAGCCCUCUGGAGGUAGACACAGUUAGCUCACUCCUUCUCAACUCUCAUAAGCCCUCAAGGGACAUCCACAGUUUAGAGAUGGUGCUUUACUGUCUGCAGAUGUGCUUACUGUCCGGAAGAUUAUAGCCCAGUGUUGGUUUUCAUUACUGUUUUGAUUGUAGCUAAUGCAUUUCUCACUUCUUCCUCUGGCUGGGCUGGCUGUGCUCCUGCUGUAUCUGUGUAGUUUCUCCUUGUCCAGCCCAAGCUGUCUAAAACAGCACUGUCAAUACAGGGAUGCUGUGCUCUGUGCUGAGGUUUGCUGUCACUGCUGUUCUUACUAAACUAAUCUGCAACUAUGUGAUGUCAGUUUUCCUUGACUGCUGUUCCAGGCAGGGCUCCAGACUGCAACCAUUUAGUCGCAUUUUGCGACCCUUUGACUUGGCUGUGCGAAUAAAUGUUUUAAUUGAACUCAUCGGUGGGAGCUGCACAUUCUACAUGGUCACCUCACUCAAUGUUUUUUUUUAGGAGGAUUAAACCAUUAUUUGGUCAAACAGUAAAAUACAUUAUCCUCAUGAUUCCUGUAAAGAAAGUGUCUGCCUGUACCUGUUUCGCUGGGGCCUGCUGCUAUGUCGAAUGAGUCACACUCCUUUCCCGGGGAAAAAGUGUUCUGAUUGUAUACAAUUGUUUAAUAUAAUGGCUAUCUUGUUGUCACAGGUAUCAUUUUUAUUUAUCAACACUCCAUUUUGAGCCCAAUAGCAAACUAUUUUACAACCAAGAUACAGUGCAUUCGGAAAGUAUUCAGACCCCUUGACUUUUUCCACAUUUUGUUACGUUAUAGCCUUAUUCUAAAAUUGAUUAAAUUGUUUUUCCCCCUCAAUCUACACAAUACCCCAUAAUGACAAAGCAAAAACAGGUUUGUAUAAAUUUUUGCAAAUGUAUACAAAAAAACAAUCUGAAAUAUAACAUUUACAGUAUUCAGACCCUUUACUCAGUACUUUGUUGAAGCACCUUUGGCAGAGAUUACAGCCUUGAGUCUUCUUGGGUAUGAUGCUACAACCUUGGCACACCUGUAUUUGGGGAGUUUCUCCCAUUCUUUUCUGCAGAUCCUCUCAAGCUCUGUCAGGUUGGAUGGGGAGCGUUGCUGCACAGCUAUUUUCAGGUCUCUCCAGAGAUAUUCGAUCCGGUUCAAGUCUGGGCUCUGGCUGGGCCACUCAGAGACAUGUCCCGAAGCCUGUGUGCUUAGGGUCGUUGUCCUGUUGGAAGGUGAACCUUCGCCCUAGUCUGAGGUCCUGAGCACUCUGGAGCAGGUUUUCAUCAAGGAUCUCUCUGUACUUUGCUCCGUUCAUCUUUCCCUCAAUCCUGACUAGUCUCCUAGUCCCUGUCGCUGAAAACAUCCCCACAGCAUGAUGCUGCCACCACCAUACUUCACCGUAGGGAUGGUGCCAGGUUUCCUCCAGACGUGAUGCUUGGCAUUCAGGCCAAAGAGUUAAAUCUUGGUUUCAUCAGACCAGAGAAUCUUGUUUCUCAUGGUCUGAGUCCUUUAGGUGCCUUUUGGGAAACUCCAAGCGGGCUGUCAUGUGCCUUUUACUGAGGAGUGGCUUCCGUCUGGCCACUCUACCAUAAAGGCCUGAUUGGUGGAGUGCUGCAGAGAUGGUUGUCCUUCUGGAAGGUUCUCCCAUCUCCACAAAGGAACUCUGGAGCUCUGUCAGAGUAACGGGUUCUUGGUCACUUCCCUAACCAAGGCCAUUCACCCGAUUGCUCAGGAAGAGUCUUGGUGGUUCCAAACUUCUUCCAUUCAAUAAUGAUGGAGGCCACUGUGUUCUUGGGGACCUACAAUGCUGCAGAAAUGUUUUGGUACCCUUCCCCAGAUCUGUGCCUCGACACAAUCCUGUCUCGGAGCUCUACGGACAAUUCCUUCGACCUCAUGGCUUGGUCUUUGCUCUGACAUGCAGUCAACUGUGGGACCUUAUAUAGACAGGUGUGUGUGCCUUGCCAAAUCAUGUCCAAUCAAUUGAAUUUACCACAGGUGGACUCCAAUCAAGUUGUAGAAACAUCUCAAGGAUGAUGAAUGGAAACAGGAUGCACCUGAGCUCAAUUUGUAAAUAUGGUAUAUCUGUUUUUUUUACAUUGGCUAAAAUUUCUAAAAACCUGUUUUCGCUUUGUCAUUAUGGGGUAUUGUGUGUAGAUUGAGGAAAUGUUUUUAUUGAAUCCAUUUUAGAAUAAGGCUGUAACAUAACAAAAUGUGGAAAAAGUUAAAGGGUCUGAAUACUUUCCGAAUGCACUGUAUGUGAUAAGGCUCUGAGAUAUUGAGCGUGUGAAAUGCGCAUUGGCAAUUGUUAUUGCAUAGGCCUCAUUGGGUGGUAGGCUACAACUGCAAUGUAUAUUUUUUUGACAUUAAAUGUACUGUUAGAUUAAUACAUGGCAACUAGCAGUGGGUAUUAUUUAAAUUUAGCAACCUAGCUAAUAUGUUUUGAGUUUCCACUUACUCGGUUGUGAAUUAACCCAAAUAACUUAACCUGUGAUAUUAGUGCACAUAAACAUGCAGGCAAAUUCAUGUCUAUUCAUGUCGUUUUUCGUCAUGAAUCUUGUUCUGGAGGCAGCUCUGCAGAGUGGUCACUAGCGAUCAGAUUUUAAACCUUAACCACACUGCUAACCCUAAUGCCUAACCCUGAUCUUUAAAUGAUGACCAAAAAGCACUUUAUUUUAUUAAUUUGUACAAUAUAGCCAAUUUUGACUUUGCAGUUGGCCUAUCUAAGAGGAUAUCGCUCAGUUCUGCCUCCAGGACAAGACUCAGGACAAACGUCAAUCUGCUAUUUUAACAGUAGAAUAUAACAUUGACAUUUUAGUCAUUUAGCAGACGCGCUUAUCCAGAGCGAUUUACAGUAGUGAGUGCACACAUUUUCGUGCUUUUACGUACUGGUCCCCUGUUGGAAUCAAACCCACAACACUAGCGUUGCAAACGCCAUUCUCUGCAACUGAGCCACACGGGAACAACAAUAGGCUAAUUGUCAAUCACUGGAAAAGGGUGCACAUUAAAAUAUUUUCAAUCACAACAUGAAAAGAUUAUAAAACAACUUAUUUGUUGAAUUCCAUAAUUUUUUAUGGUGUGACGCUGCGGGAAAUUUUUUUGAGGCGACUAAAACAUGGGCUGGUGUCACCAGUCAUGUAAAAAUCUUCUCAGUGUGAAAUAGUCACCAAUCGUCCUGAUUGUGAUGUGAUGUUGUAAAAUAUCUCCCAGCGUGAAAAUGUUCCCAGUUCAAUAAUUGCACGCGCUGCUCUUUAUGUGGACCGCAGAGCUCGUGCGGAUGUUUCUCUCACACCCUCCCUUAGCGUCCAAGUUUUUGCAAUCGCAAAAAAUCUCUCCUCAGCACUUUGACACGCGAGUCCGGGUGUUUAUAUGCAGACCUCACGCCUCAACAAGGUUCUGAUUGGUCAGUGGCAAUACUCCUGUCCACCAUUGAUUGGCAGAUGUGUGAAGCAAAUACGCGUGCCCACAGAACAGUUUUUCGAGGUCCGGGUAGGGUGUGAGAGAAACAUCCGCACGAGCUCAGCCGUCCACAUAAAGAGCUGUGCGAGCAAUUAUUGAACUGGGAACAUUUUCACGCUGGGAGAAAUGUUACAUGACAUCACAAUCACAACACAAUCAGGACGAUUGGUGACUAUUUCACACUGAGAAGAUUUUUGCAUGACACCACCAACUGAAAAACUUAGUGCCACCAGGGGAAAAUGUUGGUCUGAUGAGCUGCUAGCUCUAGCCUGGAACUCACAGCACCGUGGUUCUGACCGCUGCGGCUCCUGCUGCUGCUAGGAAAUUCACUUAUCUCAACCCAUAGUCACUCUCACCACCACUCUAAUUUAUCUCAGAACUUCAGGGAAAUUAAAGAGAUGGUUCUCUUCUCCCUGAAUAGCUCAACAUUGACCAUACAUGCAACGGCCAUAUUUCUUUUAUUUUUUAUUUUUUUUACUUAAUGUGUUUAUUGCACAUAUCUAGUCAUCAGCAUAAUGUUGUCUGUAGCCAGAGGUGUUGCAUUUCUGCAGGAAUCUGGGGGUUCUGGUCCCUGGCUGGUGCAUGUUCAGUAAAAUAGUGGCCCACAUACUGAUAGGGGCCAGUCAGUGUUAGGUGGGAGGAUUGCUCAGCUGUUCCUAUUGUUUGGACAGCAAGAUGACCUUGUAGGGAAGUCAGUGCUAGAUGGCGAUCCCACCCCUCCAAGCCCAACGCGCAGACACUCUACCCAUCAGCACCCUCCAUGGCCUGGGAUUCCAGACACUCAGCAUGGAAUGUGGCAUUUUGUGUGGGCCUGGCCAGCGUUUGCUGUCGCUGUGGGGUCUUUCGGCCACUGUCAGGUCAUCAGGAGGCACAAUGUCUGUCUGGGUCUUGGAUGAAUGAGGCGGAAGGAAUAGUAUGUUAGAGUGCCAAUAAAGACUAAGGGUAUCAACCAACAGCUAUUAAGCUACUGCAAUUUUCGGCUGGUUUGCAUUGCCCUUGCGUUCCAGUUUUGAACUGCACUGUGGCAGCUAACCUUGAGGCAUGUCCUGCGUUGACUGCUGGGAAUCUGCGCUAUGCUGUCUGGUUAUAGAAGUCGCGGUAAAGGUGCAGACAUGCUGGUCUGACCCCGGAGAGACUGUUAAGAGGAGCCACUAACGAGGGAGAGAUUGACCUUAACACCAGGGGAAAGUGACAGAAACAUGAAUACCCUUCAGAGCUUCCUCUCUUACCGUGGUCACAGACUGUAGCCUUGUCCACAGCUUCACAUUACCACAUGUGGAACAGUGCAUUAGAAUAUUAAGAAGACUGCUGUGUGGAGAGGGAAGGUGGGAUGAGUCAUCAAUACUCCCCUUUCAUUAGGCUAAGUAUAGGGAUUAGCAGGCAGAAGGUUUAAAGGUAGACUCAGCUAAAUGACAUUGCCAUGAGGAGCACCACAGAUAUUGAGCUGAGCGAGAUGCAAGACUUCACUCUGUCACACACAGUAUCUGCGCACGUGCAGGGGUUCGCUUCAUGCGGUUCACAACGUGGUAGCCACGGGACGAAAACAGUGGAGAAGUUGAGCCUCGCACUUCAAUGCUCUUAGUUGUUGCGGAAAUUGUCAUAUCGCUGAGUCUACCUUUAAUUACAACCUUUUCAUGGUGUUGAUGGCAACAGAACGCACUAAGUAAUGGGAUAGGGAAAGGACCAUCCAGAGGUCUUCUUUAACUAAUAAUUUAAAUGUCUGAGAUGCUACAGUGCAUUUGGAAAGUAUUCAGACCCUUUGACUUUUUCCACAUUUUGUUACGUUACAGCCUUAUUCUAAAAAAUAUAUAUCCUCAUCAAUCUACACACAAUACCCCAUAAUGACAAAGCGAAAACAGGUUUUUAGAAAUGUUAGAAAAUGUAUUACAAAUAAAAAAACAUAAAUACCUUAUUUACAUAAGUAUUCAGACCCUUUGCUAUGACUCGAAAUUGAGCUCAGAUGCAUCCUGUUUCCAUUGAUCAUCCUUGAGAUGUUUCUACAACUUGAUUGGAGUCCACCUGUGGUACAUUCAAUUGAUUGGACAUGAUUUGGAAAGGCACACACACCUGUCUAUAUAAGGUCCCCCAGUUGACAGUGCAUGUCAGAGCAAAAACCAAGCCAUGAGGUCGAAGGAAUUGUCCGUAGAGCUCCGAGACAGGAUUGUGUCGAGGCACAGAUCUGGGGAUGGGUACUAAAAAAUGUCUGCAUCAUUCAUAAAUGGAAGAAGUUUGGAACCACCAAGACCCUUCCUAGAGCUGGCCGCCCGGCCAAACUGAGCAAUCGGGCGAGAAGGGCCUUGGUCAGGGAGGUGACUAAGAACCUGAUGGUCACUCUAACAGAGCUCCAGAGUUCCUCUGUGGAGAUGGGAGAACCUUCCAGAAGGACAACCAUCUCUGCAACACUCCGCCAAUCAGGCCUUUAUGGUAGAGUGGCCAAAUGGAAGCCACUCCUCAGUAAAAGGCACAUGACCGCCCGCUUGGAGUUUGCCAAAAGGCACCUAAAGGACUCUGACCAUGAGAAACAAGAUUCUCUGGUCUGAUGAAACCAAGAUUGAACUCUUUGGCCUGAAUGCCAAGUGUCACGUCUGGAGGAAACCUGGCGCCAUCCCUACAGUGAAGCAUGGUGGUGGCAGCGUCAUGCUGUGGGGAUGUUUUUCAGUGGCAGGAACUGGGAACUAGUCAGAAUUGAGGGAAAGAUGAACGGAGCAAAGUACAGAGAGAUCCUUGAUGAAAACCUGCUCCAGAGCGCUCAGGACCUCAGACUGGGGUGAAGGUUCACCUUCCAACAGGACAACGACCCUAAGCGCACACAGCCAAGACAACGCAGGAGUGGCUUUGGGACAAGUCUCUGAAUGUCCUCGAGUGGCCCAGCCAGAGCCUGGACUUCAACCCGAUCUAACAUGUUUGGAGAGACCUGAAAAUAGCUGUGCAGUGACGCUCCCCAUCCAACCUGGCAUAGCUUGAGAGGAUCUGCAGAGAAGAAUGGGAGAAACUCCCCAAAUACAGGUGUGCCAAGCUUGUAGCGUCAUACCCAAGAAGACUCAAGGCUGUAAUCGCUGCCAAAGGUGCUUCAACAAAGUACUGAGUAAAGGGUCUGAAUACUUAUGUAAAUGUAAUAUUUCCGUUUUUUAUUUGGAAUACAUUUGCCAAAAUUUUUUUACCUGUUUUGGCUUUGUCAUUAUGGGGUAUUGUGUGUAGAUUGAUGAGGGGGGAAAAAACAAUUUAAUCCAUUCUAGAAUAAGGCUGUAACGUAACAAAAUGUGGAAAAAGUCAAGGGGUCUGAAUACUUUCCGAAUGCACUGUAUCUGUCUACUGUAUGCAUGAUUUGAAUUAUUCAACAGUACAGAUGUUUUGCCCAGCAUAAACUCACCGUACAGUUUGUUAGGUACACCCAUCUAGUACCAGGUCAGACCCCCCUUUGCCUCCAGAACAGCCUGAAUUCUUUGGGGCAUUCUACAAGGUGUCAAACGUUCCACAGGGAUGUUGGUCCAUGCUGACGCGAUGGUAUCACACAGUUGCUGCAGAUUGGACGGUGGUACAUUCAUGCUUCGAACAGCCCGUUCCAUCUCAGCCCAAAUAUGCUCUAUUGGGUUGAGGUCUGGGGACUGUGCAGGCCACUCAAGUAAACUGAACUCGCAGUCCUGUUCCAGGCAAUGUUUUUCCACUCAAUUGUCCAGUGUUGGUGAUCGCAUGCCCACUGGAGCCGAUUCUUCUUGUUUUUAGCUGAUUGGAGUGGAACCCGAUGUGGUCGUUUGCUACAAUAGCCCAUCCGUGACAAGGAUCGACGAUUUGUGCGUUCCGAGAUGCGUUUCUGCACAUCACUGUUGUACUGCGCCGUUAGUUGUCUGUUUGUGGCCCGCUUGUUAGCUUACACGAUUCUUGCCGUUUUCCUUUCGCCCACAAGACUGGAAUGUUUUUUGUUUGUUGCACCAUUUUCGCUAAACCCUAGACACUGUCGUGCGUGAAAAGCCCAGGAGGGUGGCCAUUUUUAAGAUACUGGAGCCAGCGUGCCUGGCACUGACGAUCAUACCACGCUCAAAGUCGCUUAGGUCACUCGUUUUGCCCAUUCUAACGUUCAAUCGAACAGUAGCUGAAUGCCUCGAUGCCUGUCUGUCUGCUUUAUAUAGGAAGCCACGGCCACCUGACUCACUGUCUGUUGGAGCGAUCCAUUUUCGCGAAUGCGGUGGUGUUCCUAAUAAACUGUCUGGAGAGUGUAGAGGUCACUGAUAGUUAGAAGGCAUGUUGACCCCUGACCUCUAUGUUCCUUCAUAUCUCCCAGCAGAACCCUGGCAGUCAGGCAGCAUCUGUUCUAGCUCUCACACAGCACAGGCCACUGGUAGGCAGGACAAACAUAUUUUCAAGAUUUCCCUUAUAUCAUCAAAAUCAAUACAUUUAUAGCACAUUUUUGGGCUCAUUCAGUAGUUUUUGCCUGAAUUUUUUAUUUUAUUUUUUUAAGUUGUAACCUGUAAAAAAAAAUGUUAAAGUACCAUUUAUAUUCCUAAAACAUAAGUUGAAUAUGAUAUUGUUUCUGCUUCCUUCAUUUAUAGCAGUGUCAACUGCCUCCUGUAGCUCAGUUGGUAGAGCAUGGCGCUUGCAACGCCAGGGUUGUGGGUUUGAUUCCCACGGGGGGCCAGUAUGAAAAAAUGUAUACACUCACUAACUGUAAGUCGCUCUGGAUAAGAGCGUCUGCUAAAUGACUAAAAUGUAAAAAAUGAGUGCUUCUGAAAUAGCCUCCUCAGAAUAGCAGCUUUUCAGCCUUUUGUUGUAUCUGCCAUCAGCACCUGCACCCUCCGGAUUGGACACAGAGAAACCUGCUGUGUCAUGCAGUCAUACACAGCAGGGCCUGUGUCAUGCAGUCAUACACAGCAGGGCCUGUGUCCGUCUGUCAGCUAAAGCAGUCGGUCUGUCUUCCUGGUGUGGCGGCCUUGCUUGGACCUACUCCUCUGUUGUAAAGAAGGGCACCCCUGUGAGUCAUGUCUGGCACUGGUUCACUGACUCUUGAGUCUGUGCCUCUUGUUGCUACGCUGCCUGUCUCACUCUCCUAGGUGUGGAGACUGUCACAGAUGUUUGGCCUGGUACCAAGUAGGAUGUUGACAUAAAGGGACAGAUUAUAUAAACACACACUUCAUCCAGAGCAGUCCUGCGGGCCAGUUGAACUGCACCAGGACAAUGUCAUGUGUGCCUUGUGUGCUUUUCACUCUUAGACUGUUGCGUUUCCUUUUUUUUUCUUUUCAUAAUGACAUCAACAGUGUCAUUGACUUCAACAAGUGCUAUUGUAAACGUCCUCAAGCCAUCCUAAUUUUUCUCUCUAGUUCCCUCCCGUCCUGCAGUCGUAAGUGUUUCUUUAAAAAAUGUAACGUCUCUUAGCACAGGAAGUAUUACACAACCCUGAGGAUGUGGCCGUUAUACUUCAUGGCUGAAGGGAAACAUUUGACUGUGGUCAUGUUCUUUCUGUUCAGCUUGGCAUCAGAUUGUAUAUUGAAACUCCUCCCAAACAUGGCAUCUUUCUUUGGCCUUUAGAUAUUAUUCUGUAACAGUUUGCCUUUGUCUGAAUAGACUUCAAGUAAGGCUGAUGAUCAUUUGUUUUUUUCAGAGGAAUGCCCUAAGAAUUGUCAGACUCCAGCCACCGAAGUCAUACUGUUCUGUCUGCUACCGCCAAGCCAUAAGACUGCUUAACAGUUAAUCAAAAUGUGCUACCCGGACUAUUUGCAUUGACUCCCCUUUUUUUAAAUUAAAUGUUUUACCUGACUCUCGUGCAAUGGCUCUCACACACACUACAUACCCUCACACACACACUACAUACGCUCACACACACUACAUACGCUCACACACACAACACACACAAGCAUAUUGACGCCCCCCACACAGACACACUCACACACAGACAUACUUUCACACUCUUCACUUACGCUGCUGCUACUGUUUAUCUAUCCUGAUUGCCUAGUCACUUUUACCCCUACCUACAUGUACAUAUUACCUCAACUACCUCAUACCCCUGCACAUUGACUCAGUACCGGUACUCCUUGUAUAUAGCCUCAUUAUUGUUACUAUUUCCUUUUUUAAUUUAGCAAAAUGUUCUUACCUUUUUAACUCUGCAUUGUUGGGCAAGGGCUCGUAAGUAAGCAUUUCACGGUAAGUCUACACCAGUUGUAUUCGGCGCAUGUGACAAAUAACAUUUUGAUAAACAUUUAUUUUAUAUUUCCCUCUGUGAGGUAGGUUGCCUGACCUUAUCAGAAGUGAAACGCAUUGUUCCACAUUUAGACAGUUGAAAGAUGCGAUUGAGCUCUACACAAUUCUUUCUGAGAAAAGCUGUCUCUCUCAUGAUUGGCCCAUGGCCACUGACGGCCCAGGACUCCUGGCACCAGUGUCUGUAUUAAUAUCGCCUGACACGUGCCCAACUGCACACCGGGGCGACUCGCUCUCUCUCUCUCUCUCUCGCUCUUUCUUUCUCUCUCUCGCUCUUUCUUUCUCUCUCUCCCGGUCUCUCUUUAUUUCUCUAUCGUUCUCUCCCCUUUGCUCUCUUUCUCUCUCUCUCUCUCUCUCUCUCUCUUUCUUUCCUCUCAAGGUUCCAGUGUGUACUGGUUGUGCUAAGAGCCACUCCUGUUGCGUCGAUGAGUUUUGGAAGGCGGGGCUCCGUGUCCGAGUGACAGCGUCUGGUAUUAUCUCCUCCACCUCCUUCCUGUUCAGUGGGGAUGACGGGGAAACAGCUGCUAUCAUGUGUCCAUUUUUAAACCUGAUUAGCACAUUGGGGGAACAUAUUGAAAUAUACUGAACAGAAAUAUACACUCAAUUUCAACUAUUUUACUGAGUUACAGUUCAUAUAAGGAAAUCGGGCAAUUGAAAUAAAUUAAUUAGGCCCUAAUCUAUGGAUUUCACAUGACUAGGCAGGGGCAUAGCCAUGGGUGGGCCUGGGAGGACAUAGGCCCACCCACUGGGGAGCCAGGCCCAGCCAAUCAGAAUGAGUUUUUCCCCAUAAAAGGGCUUUAUUACAGACACACAUUCCUCAGUUUCAUUAGCUGUCCGGGUGACUGGUCUCAGACAAUCCCGCAGGUGAAGAAGCCUGAUGUGGAGGUCCUGGGCUGGUGUGGUUACACGUUGUCUGCAGUUGUGAGGCUGGUUGGACGUACUGCCAAAUUCUCUAAAAUGACGUUGGAGGCGGCUUAUGGUAGAGAAAUGAACAUUAAAUUCUCUGGCAACAGCUCUAGUGGACAUUCCUCCAUUCAGCAUGCCAAUUGCACGCUCACUCAACUUGAGACAUCUGUGGCAUUGUUUUUUAGUGGCCUUUUAUUGUCCCCAGCACAAGGUGCACCUGUGUAAUUAUCAUGCUGUUUAAUCAGCUUAUUGAUAUGCCACACCUGUCAGGUGGAUGGAUUAUCUUGGCACAGGGAUGUAAACAAAUGUGUGCACAAAAUUUGAGAGAAAAUUCUGCGAUCUUUUAUUUCAGCUCAUGAAACAUGGCACCAACACUUUAUAUGUUGCGUUUAUCUUUUUGUUCAGUAUAGUUUGCUAUUUUGCUCUCCCCUCAAGGGCACAGGGGGAUCCUGAUGUUCAGGAAAAUGUUUACCUUCUCCCAUGGUCUUCACCAGUCUCCCUCUAUCACACAGGUUGGGCAUAUUAUUCCAGGACUCAGGUUGAAUUUCAUCACUGUAUGUCCUGAAAUGAAAGUUCAUGUUUGCAUAAUUAAAAAACAAACCUUUUUGUCCUGGGAUGGUUUAAAGUUGACUAAAGAUGCACGUCUUGCUGUUUGUCUCCUUUGCGAGAUGGUCUAAUGUGUGGAGGUGUUUUUAUUAGGGGAAUUAAUUUUGACAGGUCAGCCUGGUUAGCGGAAUAAAUGUAAUACUAUGUGAAGUCUCCAGGGCCCGGUUUCCCGAUAGCAAUGUAACUUUGGCAUCUUAACUACGAGGGCAGAAAAUUGUACAUGCGUUUCCCAAAACACCACGCAGAGAGAACGAUCAAUAAGUGCGUAAUUGGAGCAUGUGUCUCCUGAUGGGAUCGAAAGAAAGGCAGUGCUGCUCUCUGAUCAGCUUUCCUCAUUCAAAUCUUACCUUAGCAUUAUAUUUGUUCCACAAUACUGAUGACGGAUCAGCUCCUAAGGCUGCAAAUAUUGAAGGAGCUUAUUCUAAUGCUUACCCUAUUAUAAUGCACUAAAUCAAGUAUUGGCACAUCACAAUUGUUACACAUUCAAUAUAUUGAGGCAAAUUCAGACCGUAGCCUACAAUUAGCAAAAUAUAACAAUUCAUUGAACAUGAAAUGGAUUUCAAUAUGAUUGAAAUAGUGCCUUUGGAAAGUAUUCAGACCCCUUGAGUUUUUCCACAUUUUGUUAGGUUACAGCCUUAUUCUAAAAUGGAUUAAGUUGUUUAGUUCCCUCAUUAAUCUACACACAAUACCCCAUAAUGACAAAGCAAAAACUAGUUUUAAGAAUUUUUUGCUAAUUUAUUUUUAAAAUAAUAAUAAUUAAAUAUCACAUUUACAAUAGUAUUUAGACCCUUUACGCAGUACUUUCUUGAAGCACCUUUGGCAGCGAUUACAGCCUCGAGUCUUCUUGGGUAUGACUCUACAAGUUUGGCACACCUGUAUUUGGGGAGUUCGUUCUCUGCUGAUCCUCUCAAGCUCUGUCAGGUUGGAUGGGGAGCGUUGCUGCACAGCUAUUUUCAGGUCUCUCCAGAGAUGUUCGACCGGGUUCAAGUCUGUGCUCUGGCUGGGCCACUCGAGGACAUUCAGAGACUUGUCCCGAAGCCACUCCUGCAUUGUCUUAGCUGUGUGCUUGGGGUCAUUGUCCUGUUGGAAGGUGAACCAUUGCCCUAGUCUGAGGUCCUGAGCGCUCUGGAGCAGGUUUUCAUCAACGAUCUCUCUGUACUUUGCUCCGUUAAUCUUAGCCUCGAUCCUGACUAGUCUCCCAUUCCCUGCCACCACCAUGCUUCACCGUAGGGAUGGUGCCAGGUUUCCUCCAGACGUGAUGCUUGGCAUUCAGGCCAAAGAGUUCAAUCUUGGUUUCAUCAGACCAGAGAAUCUUGUUUCUCAUGGUCUGAGAAUCUUUAGGUGCCUUUUGGCAAACUCCAAGCAGGCUGUCAUGUGCCUUUUACUGAGGAGUGGCUUCCGUCUGGCCACUCUACCAUAAAGGCCUGAUUGGUGGAGUGCUGCAGAGAUGGUUGUCCUUCUGGAAGGUUCUCCCAUCUCCACAGAGGAACUCUGGAGCUCUGUCAGAGUGACCAUCAGGUUCUUAGUCACUUCCCUGACCAAGGCCCUUCUCCCCUGAUUGAGUCUUGGUGGUUCCAAACUUCUUCCAUUCAAGAAUGAUGGAGGCCACUGUGUUCUUGGGAACCUUCAAUGCUGCAGACAUUUUUUGGUACCCUUCCCCAGACCUGUGCCUCGACACAAUCCUGUCUCUGAGCUCUACGGACAAUUCCUUCGACCUCAUGGCUUGGUUUUUGCUCUGACUGUGUCAACUGUGGGACCUUAUAUAGACAGGUGUGUGCCUUUCCAAAUCAUGUCCAAUCAAUUGAAUUUACCACAGGUGGACUCCAAUCAAGUUGUAGAAACAUCUCAAGGAUGAUCAAUGGAAACAGGAUGCACCUGAGCUCAAUUUCGAGUCUCAUAGCAAAGGGUCUGAAUACUUAUGUAAUAAGUAAUUUCUGUUUUUUUAAAUAAAUUUGCAAACAUUUCUAAACCUGUUUUCGAUUUGUUGUUAUGGGGUGUUGUGUGUAGGUUGCUGAGAAAAUUGUUUUAUUUAAUAAAUUUUAGAAUAAGGCUGUAAGGUAACACAGUGGAAAAAGUCAAGGGGUCUGAAUACUUUCCGAAGGUAUAGGUCUAUAGCCUAUACUGUAAAUAAUGUAAUGCAGUCAUCUGUUUUAAUUUGAAGCAUCAUUUUUACCCUUCGCUUGUUUGUAACAAUUGCAAAGACAUUGGGAACUUUGUAUUUGUGGUCAACUUCAUUCUGAAGUUUUCGGUGGUCACAAAGAGACAGAAUCAAGAUGUUUAUGUUUAGCGUAAAUCUUCAGUGUAUAAAGUGACGCGGUAGGGAAAAACGCAUCUAACAACGCACUUAGCUGUUCCACAAGUGGUCUGAGGCAGUCGGUAAAUAACGAGCGUUUUCAAGUCCAACUUUAUUAACGAUGGUUUUGCGAAACAGCUCGGAGAUUUAACAAUGCUCCUACGAAGGUUCUAACUACGAACUUAGCCUUAAGAUGCUUUUGGGAAACCGACACCCAGAUCUGUAAGAGCAAAUUUACGUGUUUAUGAAGAACUGUUCUGCACGUUGAAAUUGAAAGAAGAACCGUGCCUUAAACGGAGUGGUUUCACCAUCUCCCAGCAUUUAUGUACUAAUAGGUUGCUGAAUCGGAUCACCACAAUUCAGAUGUGGCCCAAAUUGGCUUUUUUCAUUGGGACCAGCCUUUUAUGGCUCACCAGUCCUCCAUUUCCUCCUCCUACUCUGCCUCUGCCUUCGUGUGGCUCAGCAACCAACCUUGAAAUGAGCUAUAGUCUGUCAGUUAACAGUGAUGCUGAAUAAAUUGCGUCUAUAUUUCAGAGAACAGCUUGGUGGUCCGUUAGUCUAAGCACUCUAUAGGGUGGGUCAUUUUCGUAAAGUUCUGCUUACAGCACAGGUUUAAACUUGUUUAUGGCAUUGCACAUGCAUAACCACUUUGUCUUGAGAGACCUGUAACUAGAUUGUGUCUGUGUUGUGCUACAAUGAGUUGACAUCAUGGGCAGACGUUAUGGAGGUCAUAUGUGUCCACUUUUCGCUGAUUUGAAAUGCAUCAUUGUCCAUCUAUGACAUUUUAAUAUAUUUAUCUCUAAUUCUGUCAGUGUGUCUGUCUUCUUUCCCCCCUAGUUGGAGACAAGGUUCCUGCAGACAUCCGUCUCUCUUCCAUCAAAUCUACAACCCUGAGAGUAGACCAGUCUAUCCUGACCGGUAAGACACAUGGCAGUUUGCUGCACUGUUUUCCCUAUACUUAGGGUUGCCAUGUUCAUGGUUUUCCUGCCGAAUUGGGCUACUUUGAAAACGAUGUCGCGGGUGAAAAUGUAUUGUUCGCGGGUUGUGUUUUUUUGGGCUAUUUCUAAGUUGCACAGCAGCCGCCAUUGCAUUUGUCUUUUUUUUUUUUUAUAAUGUAUUUCACUGGGACCUGCUGCUGACUGUUGAGAGAGCACUGCAGCAGGCAGCUUAGUCCACUAUUGGCUGAGUCACAUGAGUGAGAGGAGCCAUAUCAGCACGCGCGCACGUCGUGACAACUUUUUUAGAUUGUAAUUAGGGAGACACCUAUUUUUUUUCCCGACCCUUUUUCCAUAAAACAUGGAAAGUUGAAUUAAAAUCAUAACCCCAGAUUUAAGUCCGUAGCCUAUCCCUAUUGAAAUAACAAGUAAAUCUUGCGAAUAGGCCAUUUUAUAACGGGUUGUAGUCUUAACAUCUGGCACAAAAUAAUGGCACAAUUGCCUGAAAAUAGCCUAACAUUUGUAUUUUUUAAGUUCAUCCAAGUGUUUCUUGCUCAGAGAUUUCGAGAUCCUCUGUCCAACUUUCAUCACUCAAACUCUCCUGUCGGAUUUAUCAAUAGUUAUGCACAUGCGCAAAAGGGAUUUAUUUACCAUUUAAACCGGGUUUGAGCCCUGAAUGCUGAUUGGCUGAAAGCCGUGGUGGAUCAGACCAUAUACCACAGGUAUGACAAAACAUUUAUUUUUACUGUUCUAAUUACGUUGGUAACCAGUUUAGCAAUAAGGCACCCCAGUGGUUUGUGGUAUAUGGCCAAUAUACCACAGCUAACUGCUGUAUCCAGGCACUCUGCGUUGCAUCAUGCUUAAGAACAGCCCUUAGCCUUGGUAUAUUGGCAAUAUACCAUACUGCCCUCAUGCCUUAUUGCUUAAUCAUAGCAGUCAAACUAGUUAAACCGACAUCCAUUGAUGGAAAUGAUCUGUUGAGUUUAAUAAGGGCGAAUUAUCGUUUCUCUUGCGACAUAUGCAAAUUCCCUUUGUCAUGUCAUAGCUCACAAUAAUUAUUAUUUUGAUGAAAGCCGAAUGUUGCUUCUAAUGUCAUUACAAGUUACGUUGGAAAAGGGGUUUAUUGUGUAAGUGUGGCAACUACUCUCUUGCUGUGAACAUUUUUUGGCUAGUUAAUCAGACAAACAUGUAGGCCACACUCCCCUUUUUUAAGGCUCUCCUGGAGGAUGGUUGGCCACCGUUGGUAGCCUAUAAAAUAUUGCAACAUUACAAUUACAGCCAAAUAUGUCUUUUUAUAAAAUAAUUCCCUCCAGGGCUCGAAAUUAAGGGCGUCCCGUCGUCUCUGGGACGAUAAAAAAAUAUGUCUACGGUUCAAAAAGGCAGAAUCUGGGACAGUUCUGGGACGACAGAUCCUAAAUUCAUACAACCGCAACGGAUCAGACCUUUUAGCUUAACAUUGAUUCGUUUUAUUUAAUUAUAUUAUAUUAUAAGCGCAACAAUGCGCACAUGGCUGUAGGCUAUGCGCGAAUGUUCCAAAAUGCAAUUAGCGGGGAAACGCCGUUCUCAAAACGAUCUAAAGAUACAUCAUCUAGCAUGGGUUACUAAUAUGACUAGGAUUGUGCCUUUGGCUGCUGGACAAUAAAAUAAAGUUGAUUUGAAUGAACCGUGCCUCGAAUAUGUCGACAGAAUCAAGUCUUGAGACCUUAAUGUUAAUUACCCUUCAUUGUUGGUCCCAUGUGGCUCAGUUGGUAGAGCAUGGCGCUUGCAACGGCAGGGUUGUGGGUUCGUUUCCCACUGGGGACAAGUACGAAAAUCUAUGCACUCACUACAUAUUGUAAUUCGCUCUGGAUAAAAGCGUCUGCUAAAUUACAAAUAAAAAAUUUGAUUUGUCAAACAUCACUGGCGUUUACCCUAUAUUUAUGUAAUUAAAAGUCUCAUUAAAGUUUGGCUACAUUUUCUGGCGCCUCCCUCAUGUCCGCAUCGGUUUGGACAGGAGGCUGUAGCCAAUAUGCAGGUAGGCUUUUUUAUUUAUGUAUAUGAAAAAUAGAUUUGAAUAUUUUUCCAAUGUUGGCCUCUGAUCCAAUUCUGAUCGGAGUAAUUGUUUGAUAUUGUGAUAAUUUUUUUGCUUGUCCUGGACAAGACAACAGGGCUCUACAGUGCGACCAUUUUAGUCUCAUAUGCGCCAAAAUAAUUUGCUGUGCUUUCUGGAAUUUUUAUUUAGGAGCACCAGUGCACCUAGAAAAAUGUAAGGAUUCUAGCAUUAAUACCUCAAAUAUUUUUCGUUGUGCUCAUACAUUUCUUUGUCUGCACCUACAUUUUUCAAUUUAGGCACAGACAUGCUCCUUGUAAAAAAAGGUCAGCGUAGAGCCCUGCAAGAGGAAUGAAUGAACUGAGUUCACCUCUGAACUGGGUUUAUAGCAAGGGUUUAUUUCCUCUUGAUCCACAUGAUUAGACGCUUUGCCCUGCAUCAUGUGCACAAGCACCCAGAGCGAGGAAUGUUACACAUUGAUUGUGGCGUGGGAGUCUAUGAUUGAAGUUGAUAUCGUUUUUCCCUGUGGCUAUAGACACAGACAAAGGGAUAUCAGUGUGAUAUAUGACCUGCACUGGUCUCUGCUUUGAUUCCAGGCGAGUCCGUCUCUGUCAUCAAGCACACCGACCCAGUGCCUGACCCCCGAGCUGUCAACCAGGACAAGAAGAACAUGCUCUUCUCUGUAAGCAACACUCUUCUCUCUUCACUCCUUACUGCUCCUUGUAGCGGCUGUAUGAUGAUUGAACUCUCCACCAUCAGCUAGUCGUUUUUGAGCUUCUCCUUCAGUUAUUUGUUUAACGUUGAAGACCUGAUGCAUGGAUCUUUAACAUUUGGGCACAAAUUAUGCCAGCAUCACUCGAUAUCAAACGUACUUAAAAAAUACAGACCCUGCUAUGUUAUUUUGGUUUGUAAAUAUAGAGUUUGAGUUUCCAUUUAGUCUGCUGUCCUCAAGCAUUUUGUAGGACUGUGUGGCCAUAAUGUUCCACCUGUGUGUUUUCAGGGCACCAACAUCUCAUCAGGCAAGGCUAUUGGUGUGGUGGUGGCCACAGGCGUGAACACUGAGAUCGGUAAGAUCCGUGAUGAGAUGGCAGCCACCGAGCAGGAGAAGACCCCCCUGCAGCAGAAGCUGGAUGAGUUUGGGGAGCAGCUCUCUAAGGUCAUCUCCCUGAUCUGCAUCGCUGUGUGGAUGAUCAACAUUGGCCACUUCAACGACCCUGUCCACGGAGGCUCCUGGAUCCGCGGCGCCGUCUACUACUUUAAGAUUGCCGUGGCCCUGGCUGUGGCCGCCAUACCCGAGGGUCUGCCCGCUGUCAUCACCACCUGCCUGGCCUUGGGCACCCGCCGCAUGGCCAAGAAGAACGCCAUCGUCCGCAGCCUGCCCUCUGUGGAGACCUUGGGCUGCACCUCUGUCAUCUGCUCCGACAAGACUGGCACCCUCACCACCAACCAGAUGUCUGUCUGCAGGGUGAGUCUGGCUGUUUUAUUUGUCUUGCUUUACACACUGACUGAACAGAGGUCUGCCUCUGAAAUGGCUCUGUUGCAUUACCUUGCUGUGAUUGGGUUUGAGAUAGUGUGAGCAGAAGGUUCUUUGUAGUGGAGAAUCAAGAGUGAGAUGUGUUACACAAAGGCGGUGAGGCAGCGACGCGCUGCGGCUGUGAUCUACAUUCAGCCGUUGGGUGACUGUUCAGCCGCGGUGCUGUUGCAUAAGUGACCUUGCGUCACAGCUCUGCAAAGCAUCCAGCCCCUCCCUCCCUCUGAGUGGCUCUCCAACACACUUCCAGCUCUGUCCCUGAGCAGUGAGACAUUUCAUUAUUCAUUGAGCGUGUUUAUUCUCUUUUUGUUGAAUAUGCACAGAACUUUGCAUGGAACUGCUGACUCCACUCCAUUAAAACAUUUGUUUUUUCUGGAUGAGAGACUCUUUAUUGGCCAGCGGCUAUUUAUUUCCCAGAAUACAUUUAUUUUGAUCUAGCAUUCCAAUGGGUCUCUAUGGUCUAUUUUAAUGUCUUUCCCUCUCUAGUCACUUCCCUUCUCCUCUGGCGCAGACUGAAAUUAUUAGAAUGGAUGAUGCCAUUUUGGCCUUAAUGCACUAGUAACUACUAGUCAUCAUAUCCUACUGUGCUUAUGUCAUUGUUUACAUUACACAAUUGAGGAUGACAUCUGUUUAAGUAAGACAUCAUGUUAAUAUGCCAGUAGGCUAAGUGGAGCUUCCUCCACAUUGCUUUCCCCAAUCAAGUAGGUUAAAGGGAUUCUGCGAGAUUCAGGCAUUUUAAGUUACUUACCUAGUCAAAUGAACUUGUGGAUACCAUUUUUAUGUCUGUGUGCAGGCUGAAGGAAGUUAGCAUUGACUCGAAACUACUGCUAACUAGCUUUAGCGCAAUGACUGGAAGUCUACAGGUACAGUAGCAUUGCUACUAGGAUGUCAAGAGCUUAAAUACCAGAAUCUCGCAGUAUCCCUUUAAGAUCUCUGAGGUAGAGGCUAGGAGCCAAAAGUGAACCCAGGCCUUCUUCAGGUAACUGCCCAGCAACCAACCCCAUCUCCCAUUUCAUCUCGGUCAGGUGAUGCUUGUAAAAAAAAUCUUCCACAAAAAUGUUUGUGUUGAAUUCACAGUAACAGAAGCAUAAUGUAUCCAGCGAAAGAGAAUGCUAUUUUUUUCUAAUCAUCUGACGUCAGCAAGGCUCUUUUGAAGUGUGGCCUCCUUCUGGAAAAGGACAUGAAUGAUUACCAUCACCCUUCCUUCCUUUUAUCUCGCUGACUGAGACGGCUGUGGUGUUGUCCCAGCUGACUGGCUGUUGUGACAGUGUUUGUGUUAGUGUGCGCGUACCUACUGUUCGGUUUAGCCAGUCCAGUUCUUCCUGAGGGAAAAGACCCUCCGGGCUCCAGCGCUCUCUUCUCUUUAUUCAGGCUCCCUGACAGACGGCCGACACUAUUUACUUAUGUAGUAUGGACUAAACCAAACAAGCACUGCUCAUUGCUUGACUCCUGCCAUAGCCCCCACUCACAGCCAGAGAGGGCAUCUAAAUCCCUGCAGCCCAGAGAGUACACACACACACACACGCGCGCACACACACACACACACACACACACACGCUAUGUUCUUCUAUCCUCAUGGGGACCUACAAUUAAUUUCCAUUCAAAAUCCUAUUUUCCCUAACCCUAAACCUAACCCCUAAACUUAAAAUAGCCUUUGUCCUCAUGGGGAUGUGGGAAAUGUUCUCACGAGGGAUACAUUUCCUUGUUUUACUAUCCUUGUGGGGACUUUUGGGGAUUUUAGGUCCCCACAAGGAUAGAAUAACCAACCCCCCCCCCCCCCCCACACACACACACACACACACACACAGUAUAGGGUGGUCUACAGCCCUCACAGGUUCUCUGUGGUGCUGACUUUCUGCAGUCCACUGUGCUAUUAUGUUGUCGGUCUGCUGCCAUCUACAGUGUCAGUUAAGAAACAGCCUCUAAUGUAAUGUUGUAACCAUACAUUGGUAUGAGAUUAUUAGUUGUGUGUAAGACAGGCCUAACUGUCCUUGCCUUGUCUGUGCUGUGUUGUGGUCUCCAGAUGUUCAUCCUUGACCAGGCCGAGGGGAACAGCUGCUCUCUGAACGAGUUCACCAUCACUGGCUCUACCUACGCCCCUGAGGGAGAAGUGUGAGUACCAAAUACACUCUUAAUGCUAAUCCAUUUAUGCUACAAUUAUUUAUUUACUUCCAGUUACGUUAAUUGUUAAACUCCCUCCAACGUUUCAUCUUGUGUCCGGCCCUGUCCUUUGUGUCUCCCUCCAGGUACCAGGAUGGCAGACUAGUGAAGUCCUCUGCGUAUGAUGGUCUAGUGGAGAUUGCCACCAUCUGUGCCCUGUGCAAUGACUCCUCUCUGGACUAUAACGAGGUCUGUGCGCCUGCCUGCCUGCCUUUCUCCUCCAUAUGGCUCAUCAUGGGACGUGGAGUAGAGGUGACUAAUGUUUGUGUUUGUGUCGUCAGGCCAAAGGUGUGUAUGAGAAGGUUGGCGAGGCCACAGAGACGGCCCUCACCUGCCUGGUGGAGAAGAUGAAUGCGUUUGACACCGACGUCAAAGGCUUGUCCAAGAUCGACAGGGCCAAUGCCUGCAACUCUGUAAGUACACUAACCACAACCGUUGAAUGGUGUGAAACGUCACAGCUGGUUGCUAGCAGGUUUUUCUGAGUCGCGUGUCUGUGUCGUCCUCUAUUAGGUGAUCACACAGCUGAUGAAGAAGGAGUUUACCCUGGAGUUCUCGAGAGACAGGAAGUCCAUGUCUGUGUACUGCACCCCCAACAAGGCCCGCGCUUCCCUCGGAAAGAUGUUUGUCAAGGUAUCAUCACCUUUUAGCAACCCUCCUAUGUGUGACUCACUUUGAACCAAGUGUUUUUGAUUCACCCGUGUUUGAAUCAGUGUUUCAACCUCAAACUCUUUCUUACCCCACAGGGUGCCCCAGAGGGAGUUAUUGACAGAUGUACCCAUGUCAGGGUGGGCACAAACAAGGUUGCCAUGACCCCAGGCAUCAAGGAGAGGAUCAUGUCUACAAUCCGAGAGUACGGGACGGGGCGUGACACCCUGCGCUGCCUAGCUCUGGCCACCCGGGACGCCCCACCCAGGAAGGAGCACAUGGUGCUUGUCGAUUGUGCCCGUUUCGCUGGUUACGAGGUGAGGAUUACUCAUCACCACUGUUGCGUAAAGUAGAUUAUAUAUAAUUUAUACUGCUGGAUCUUAUAUCAUAUCUAGUAUCAUGGUUGGAUGUUGUCAUGUAUUGUGCAGUUCUAGUAGGAACCCUGAUGGCGACACUGAUCUUAUGUGUUUCUCUGCCCAGUCUGACCUGACCUUCGUGGGCUGCGUUGGCAUGCUGGACCCACCCAGGACAGAGGUGGCUGCCUCAAUCAAGUUGUGCCGCCUGGCCGGCAUCCGAGUCAUCAUGAUCACUGGCGACAACAAGGGCACUGCCGUGGCCAUCUGCCGCCGUAUCGGCAUCCUGAGCGAGGAGGACGACGUGGACAAAAUGGCGUUCACGGGCCGCGAGUUUGACGACCUGUCCCCCCAGGCCCAGCGCGAUGCCGUGACCAACGCCCGCUGCUUUGCCCGUGUCGAGCCCUCCCACAAGUCCAAGAUCGUUGAGUUCUUGCAGGGCAUGGAUGAGAUCACGGCCAUGGUACGCUGAACCCCCCCCCCCCCCUACUCACAUCCCCCAUCCUCAUCCUUACUGUACCUGUAAAGCUGUAAUAUCUGUUGUAUUGCUGUCAGUGGAAUGCUGUUGUCAUCUAGCCUGCUAUCCACCCCUAAGUAUCUGUGCCACUGUUUUCUCCCACAGACUGGUGAUGGAGUGAACGAUGCCCCUGCCUUGAAGAAGGCAGAGAUUGGCAUUGCCAUGGGCUCUGGCACUGCCGUGGCCAAGUCAGCCUCUGAGAUGGUCCUGGCCGAUGACAACUUCUCUUCCAUCGUGGCGGCUGUGGAGGAGGGCAGGGCCAUUUACAACAACAUGAAGCAGUUCAUCCGCUACCUCAUCUCUUCUAAUGUGGGAGAAGUCGUCUGGUGAGUCAGCUGUUUGACGUUCCUUCUCCUGCCUUAGUGAUAUCUCUGUAGUGGUGUUCUGGUGUUCUCCUGUGGUGGUGCUGGUGGUGUUAACGAUGUUUCUCUGUGCGGUCAGUAUCUUCCUGACUGCUGCUCUGGGCUUCCCUGAGGCGCUGAUCCCAGUUCAGCUGCUGUGGGUCAACCUGGUGACAGACGGUCUCCCUGCCACCGCACUGGGCUUCAACCCCCCCGACCUUGACAUCAUGAAUAAGCCCCCCCGCAGCGCCAAGGAGCCCCUCAUCUCCGGAUGGCUCUUCUUCAGAUAUCUGACCAUCGGAUGUGAGUUAAUAAGACUAUUGUGCUUUGUUUCCAUUUUUAUCUCAAAUAGCUAAAUCUUAAGGUCAAGCUUACUACUACUGGCAUACCCUACCAUCUACUGUUAUUGAGCACUCCUCUGCCCCCCCCCCCCCCCCCCCCCCCCCAGUCAGUCCCGCAGUCGGUCAACUGUUUCUCCAUCUCUGUCCUCAGGCUAUGUGGGAGCUGCCACAGUGGGAGCCGCUACUUGGUGGUUCGUGGCUGCUGAGGAUGGCCCUAUGAUCUCUCUGUACCAGCUGGUGAGACUAGCUCCUUGAGGUCAGCUUUACUGUCUGUGGUGUUGUACCUCCCAGCCUAAGUCCCUCGUGUCUGUCUGACUCCCCUCCCCACAGAGCCACUUCCUGCAGUGUUCUCCUGACAACCCUGACUUCGCCGACCUGGAGUGUCGUGUGUUUGAGUCCCCCUACCCCAUGACCAUGGCCCUGUCUGUGCUUGUCACUAUUGAGAUGUGCAAUGCCCUUAACAGGUGGGUCCCCUGCAGUGAGCGGAGCAUUCUUUCAUCCUCAAAGAAUCACUUGCAUUCAGUAGAGGACAGCUACAAUUUUCUAAGUACAAGAAUGAAAUAUAGAGUAAUGGCUGUGGACCCUAAAUCAGAUCUUAAUGUGACCUUCACCUCUCUAUCCCCAGCCUGUCAGAGAACCAGUCCCUGCUGCGUAUGCCCCCCUGGGAGAACAUCUGGCUGCUGGGGGCCAUCUGCCUCUCCAUGUCCCUUCACUUCCUCAUUCUCUACGUGGAGCCACUGCCUGUAAGUCAGCUUUACUCAUAUCAACCUCUCAACCCAGGUCAUUCUCUAGGUGCCCCAUUCUCACUCUCUCCAUCCAUCUGUCCGCCUCCACCUCUCCAGGUCAUCUUUCAGAUUACCCCUCUGGACCUGACCCAGUGGCUGGUGGUGCUGAAGAUCUCCCUGCCUGUCAUCCUGCUUGAUGAGCUGCUAAAGUUCGUGGCCAGGAACUACCUGGAACCCGGUAACCAGCCAGAGUAUAAGUCAGCCGGCAAAGGCUGGUCCCCCUCUGCAUGCACGGAGGGCAUCUCCUGGCCCUUUGUGGGCAUCACCCUCCCCCUGGUGCUGUGGCUCUACAGCAUCGACACUAACGUGUCUGCCCUGUUCUGGUCCUGA